AUGCAACUCAAACAACCGACUCUCCCGUCACAAUCAAAAUGUGCAACUGGGUAUCUUCCGGAUUUCGCUCAGUUGGACUUCUGGAGUAACACCGACAUCGGAAGUGAUCGAGCAAUGCAUGGCAGAACUGUUGCAGCGAUCUUAUCCAGCCUGACCUGUGCGCCGCAGUGUUUUUUUGUUUCAAAAAAAGCAGCGAGAAAAAGGAGAAAAAGCACGAGGUGUAAGAUGAUCGGAAAAAAUCGGCGGAGCAACGUAAACAUCGGGAAGCUGGACGGAUGGACGAUUUAA